UUAGGUUAAGAAUAGUUUGUUUAUUUAUUAUCUUUUUAUUAUUAAAUUAAACAUUAUAAUAACAAAUCGUGUUUGUUUAAUACAGUAAACGGAAUAGAAAUAACGCAUAUUAUACCUAUAAAUUUUAUAAAGAAAAAUGGUGCGUCUAAAAAAUAGAUAUAUAGUGUUACAAAUCGAACCAAGAGACCCGAAAGACAGUUCAAAUUUCACACUCUCCUCUGAUGCAAUUAUGCAAGUGAUAAAAGAUAAAAUUGAACAGUUACAUGGUGAUUUCGGCAUGGCUUCGAUCCAAGCUGGCUUCACAGCAAAGUAUUGCAACGAAUACACGAAAAUAGCCAUCGCCAGGGCGAGACACGGACCUCACAAGCUCGUAUCUAGCAGUAUACCCUUCAUUAACAAGAUAGGAACGCGAAACGUGAACGUCAGAAUACUAUACAUCGGCGCGACAAUUAAAAAAUGUUUUUGUUUUAUUAAACAGUACCAAGAAAAGGCUUUCGAGGAGGUGUGCGUUAAAUUAAAGACUCCCGAGGAACGUAGGACUGUUAGAGAAGCGAUUAAUAACUUUCAGAGUGCUUUAAAAUCAAUGGAAUAGUAAUAAGAGAAAAAUUC